AUUGUAGAAUGUAGUCUUUCGAACACUUGCACUUGGGAGUUAUGUUAUUGUGUCAGAAUUUUGUAUGAAAUUGUACCUUUGUGUAAUUUUGUCAUUGUAUUGAUUGGAUAUUUUAGUCAAUCGUGUUGUAUUAAAAGUAGAUUGAAAGGUGCUUUUGUAAAAUCUGAAUUCAUGUGACAAUAUAUCAAAAUGGCAUCAACUACGAUGAUAGAGACAGUGACUAUCACUCGACCACUUAAGGUGAUAGCGUUAAUAUGCGGCCUUCUUGUGGUGAUACUCAUGGUGUUAGGCCUGGCGUCAGCCGAUUGGUUAAUGGCGGCUGGCUGGAGACAAGGCCUGUUCAUGCACUGUAUAGAUCCAGAGGCUCCCACACCACUUCCCUUCGACAUUACAGCACAACCUGGUUGCUACGCUGCGAGACCCGCGCCAUACAUCAAGGCUGCGGCGGGGCUGUGUGUGGCGACGCUAGCGACGGACGUGUGCGGCGCGCUGCUCACGGGGCUCGGCCUGCGCUCGGCCGACCACCGCACUAAGUUCCGCUACUACCGGUUCGCGGUGCUCGCCAUGUCACUUGCGCUGAUGUGCAUCUUAAUAGCGCUUGUCAUAUACCCAGUAUGCUUCGCCGCAGAAUUGAAUCUGGGUAACAGGUCGGUGUGGGAGUUUGGAUGGGCGUAUGGCGUAGGCUGGGGCGCCGCCAUCUUCCUGUUCGGAGCCGUCGUGUUGCUGCUUUGCGACAAGGAGAGCGAAGAGCUCUACUACAAGGAACGGAAACUCUCCCGAUCCUAUGUAAAAGUUUCUCCUGAAUAAUAAGUAUUAUGUUGUAUGUACGUUUUACUUGGUAUAUGCAAUACGAAGUAAAAUUAUAAACACGAUUGUGUUUGUAUUAAUGACUGUAUAAUUGUUAUCUCUAAUAGAAUACACACUGCCAAUGUUACAACUAGUAUAUUUUUUGUUGGACAGCUUUAUCAUAAUGUAUUAAAUUAUCGUAAAUAUAAGUGUAAAUUUUAUAUUAUUUGAAAGUACUUCCUGUCAUUGGCGUAGCCGGUAUUUGUCUGGCGAGUGGAAGCCUCAUUUAGCUGGCCUAAAGGAACUCAUAAUUGUAAGAAAAAAUGUUUUAUUCAUACUCGUAAUACAAAAAAGUACGAAGUUAAAUGGAGAUGUCUUUUUAAAUUUUUUUUUUCCGUCGACCGAGCGAUAUUUAAACAUGUAAUAAUUGUUGGGUUUAUAUUUUAAUUGUGCCAAAUUCAAUGAAUCAAGAAUUAUCUCUUUUUUUUUAUUCAUAGCUGUUGGUCUUUUAACGAUUCCACCUUUCUUUGACCAAGACACGUAGUAUCUCACUAGCACUUAGAAUAAAGUAAUUAAUGAAUCGUAUUAAUAUAAAUUUAAUAUAAACCAUAAGGUUUAACAUUAUUUUGGUAUGGUCGUGUCGACCAAGGCUUCCCCUCGCUACGUCUUUGGCUUUCGUAUUAUUUUAGUGAAGUUAAGAUGGUUAGGAAGUGUUUUUAAGUGCCCAUUAUCUUCUGGCAUGUAACAAUUUGUAUAUUUUGUCAUUUUUUUUUGUUACUUUUACUCUAUAGACAUUAGUUUUGUAUUUAUAGUAUUUCGAAAUGUCUGGAAAAUUCUUGUAAUUGUCCAACUGUUAUAGAUGAAAAAUUGUAUUUCCUUUUCAAAGUUAAAAACCAUAUCAAUGAGAUUAUUAAAUAAAGUACCUACAUAGUACAA